GGGAGAGCCGGUUUUGUCUGCUCUGCUUGCGGGGCUGCUUUUCAAUCCAGAGAUAGUUUGCUCAGACACUGCUUGUACAAGCUGGAACAAGCGGCUAAGAAGAGAACCACUUCAGUACUAGAGAGGAUAUCGGAGGAAGCAACAACCACUGGUGCUACACAACGAGUGCCGAAUGUAGCUGCUACUCAAGAACAAAAAAACGCUGCUUCCAAAGCUGACACUACGUCGACUAGUUGUACAACCGCGACAUCAUCUGCUCAGCCAAAUCCAUCGACACGAGCGCAGAUACCAGGAGCUGCCAGUUGUGGCACUACAGCAGGACUUGGAGCACCUCUACCAGUUUCUUCUUUUGCCCAACUUCUGAACAACAAUCCUCAGCUGCCUCAAAAAGGCCAAUCCAGAAAUCCGACAACGAAGAAACCGCCCUUCAUAUCUGAAGACAAAGCUCUCCGUUUGCGUAUCUUGGGAACGACCGAGGAUCCGCAUCGUCCUUUACUCCAGUUUCUUUUGAAACAUCAACAAAAGACUAAGGGGAUUCAUGUUCUUCAUAGUGCACUUGGAGGCGUAGGAGCAGCAUCAGGUGCUGCUGGAUCUUCGCUAGGAGGUCUAGGAAUAGGGACUACUAGGACAACGACAUCUACUUCUGCUGUAUCGGGAUCGGGUGCAGCUGGGUCUAACAAGAACUACAUAACUCCUACGACCUCAUCUUCCAGUACAACCCUGAACAAGAACUCUUCUGCUAAACCAGCCUUGCGCAAGAUCGUUGAGCAAUAUCUAGAAGAAAAUUG